UCUAAUUAACUCUUAUAUUAUGCAGGUUCCACCGAGAAUUCAUAAUAACAUAAAUCUGAGAAAUGUAACUGAUCGUAGUGACGAGGAAUUACGAAACAAUGAAGCAAAUUUGAGCAUGAAGGAAUUAAUUGAGCAAAAUAGGAAAUUAAAUGCAAUAAUAGAAAAACAAAGGUAUGAUUCUCAUAACCAACAUCUACAACGAGAACGAGAACAGCAACAAAUAUUUGAAGAGGAAGAACGACAACGGCAAUUAAUGGAACUACACCAAAGACGAAAACUACUAGAAAGAGCACAACGAGAACGAGAAGAACUAGAACGAGAACAGCAAAAACAACAACAACGAGAACGAGAACGACGAGAACAAGAGCAGCGAGACCAACAACAGCGAAACCGAGAACAACGAGAACGAGAACGACGAGAACAAGAGCAGCGAGACCAACAACAGCGAAACCGAGAACAACGAGAACGAGAACGACGAGAACGAAGGAACCAAAUCGAUGACGAAGAAGACGACUUAACUGAUCAAGUCCACAUCGGAGGGCAGAUAUUUAUUUCUAGCCUUGCAUAUACCGAGGCUUUUAGAGAGUAUAGGCCCUCGAAAUUUAUAACUAUAAUGUCCCAUGCGAUAUGGGGUUAUGAAAAUUUAGCCCUCCGAGCUGUCAAAGUAGGCAAAAGAAAUGCAAGAAAAUUACCAUUGACACCAUUGAAGAAGCUAGUGUUGGAAAAGCAAUACAAGAAAUUUUUAAAACAAAGAAAUUUAUCCGCCGACAUGGAGACUGUGGAGCGGAAUAAAAUCAAUACAUAUUUGGGACGAUCCAUUACUAGUGCGAUAAAAAAAGUAGCUAAUCCUGAAUAACAGAAUUGUCAUCAUUAAACUAAACUAAAAAAUCAACUUUUUUUGAAUGACGACAAAAAUUAUCAUAAGAACUUGAGCCCGUAAUAUUGAUAUUAAAAUUUCAAUCAUCGCAAUUUUGAAUUUCUCCUAUUUAACUAGUUUUUGUCUUUUAUUUCCGAAAUCAUUGUAGUAAACAGAAUUAACGUGAACAUUUUAAUGACAAUUGAAUAAUAUGCAAAAAAGAUCAAUCAGAAAUUUUUUAUCUAAUAUUAUUUAUUCUGAUGAACUGCCUCAAAACUUGAAUUGUCGAAAAAAUUUAAUUGUUAAACCUUUGGAAUUUUUUAAGUCAACGCUCUACAUAAAAAUUUUCU